AUGCCACAUCUCGUGCCCGAGGGCUCCGGGAGCUCGAGAAAGCGAGUCGCAUCUGCCGACCUUGAUGACGCAGAUCGUCGAGUUCGAUCUUCGGGGCUAGGUGAAAAGCUUCACGUCAAAAGCGAGCAAGCAUCGAUCGAGCUAUCCGUAGCCUUCGACGCAGACUCUGGUAUAGAACGAUGGCCAACCAGCACCCAGGAAGAUCAGGGAGAAGACAAGCUUACUAAGUCGGAGGUAGAUGUAGUUUGGAUCGACGAGGACGUCGAGCACAGCACUCUGCGUUUGCAAGACCUCCAAGCGGAAACUAUACAGACCUUGGAGCUGUGCUCUGCAGCAACACUCGUGUGUCCAAAUCUUCUGGCUACACUCAAGGACGAAAUCGCCGCAUCAAACAACAUGGUCACGGACGUCAAAUUGACCGCCCAAUUGUCUCAAAUAAAAGAGUUUCUCAGGCAAAGUCGCUCGAAAGAGCUUCUCUUCAGCCUCGUCAAUUACCAUCGUUUCCGUGACUGGCUGGGAUCGAUCUCUACACAACUCGGCUUCAUGGAGAAUGUGGCGGUGACCGAAUCCAUGCAUCGUGAUGGACUGAAGGUGGUGCAUGAAACGCAACGCAUCAUUAUGGAUCCUGCUUGGCACGACAGUAUUUACGGACUUCGCGGAGAAGGGGCAAACAGUUUUCUUAAUCUGCUACAGGAGAUCGAUCAGGACCCUUCCGUCGGUGGGACCAAUCGGAGAUGA